CCUCAACACCAUCCAGCACCCCUAGCACCCCUAGCACCACGAACACACACAUUGAGGGGCAGGAGACUCGGUAGUAGCAUUUUAAAAAUUAUGAAGAACAAGCUUCAAAAAUAAUGUUGGGAGACUGCUAGAAAACGCACCUGUUAACGGCUGAUGUGGGAAGAGACAUCGUGAUCGAAGUUACAACUCCCAUUUCAAGAGCAGCUUGCACGUAACCGUCUAUUUUUCUGCUACAUACUUGAUUGCGGCGUCGACAACAUACCUCGAACGAGGAGACAAUAGCAAUGGACAGCUUCCUCUCCCAACUGUCAUUCAGCCACGAUGCAUCUGCUUCUUACACAGUAUAUGCUGUAUGGCUUGGUAGCCUCAGUAUCAGCCUCUACCUAGCCUACCGGUGGGCGUUGCCAAAGCCGAUACCCGGGAUUCCUUACAACAAAGAGGCUCUCAAGACAGUCUUUGGCGAUGCACCUUCUCUGGUAAAGCACACAACUAAGACCCAGGAGCUGUACUCUUGGAUGGUAGAACAGAACAUAAAACUUCAAUCUCCUAUUAUUCAGCUCUUUGUCCGACCGCUGGCGAAGCCUUGGGUUGUUAUUGCUGACUUCCAAGAGGCUCAGGACGUUCUAAUCCGUCGCACAAAAGAGUUUGACAAGUCGAUCUGGUUCAAGGAUGUCGCUGGUGCUGUUAUGCCUGAAAGCCAUAUCUUUAUGAGAACGACUCCUCGAUUCAAGCAGCAUCGCCGGAUAAUUCAAGAUAUCAUGACCCCUGGGUUCCUGCACAACGUCGCCGCAUUACACAUUUAUAACGUCGGGCAGGACGUUAUCCGUCUCUGGGAGCAAAAGGCUAGAAUUGCCGAAAGACAUCCAUUUUCCGUCAUCCAGGAUGUUCAUUAUGGAGCCCUGGACGCUAUCUGGUCCAUCAUUUUCGGAGAAGACUCAUCAGAUAGUACAACGCGGGCGCAAUUGGAACUAUAUUCAACCAUGAAAUCUGUUAAUCUUCCUAGCAAUAAGAACUCAGAGGUAAAUCUACCACGCGCAGAAUCUUCUGUGGCAGUUCAAUCUGUCAUGACCCAUAGCCAGAGCAUAGACGCAAGCCUCAAGUCGCCGGUGCCUUCAUUGGCACAUUGGGCCUAUAGGCAGACUUCUGCUAUGAAAAAAGCAUUCAAAACCAAGGAGGAAUUUAUUCAAAAGGAGGUUCAGAGGUCUCAGCAAAGAUUGGAAGAACAGGCUGGCAAGAGCGAGGUUCGGUGUGCAGUGGAUAACAUCCUGCGGCGAGAAGCUAUCUUUGCAGAGAAAGAAGGGCGGAAAGUGGACUUCCACUCGAGGUAUGUUUAUGACGAGGUCCUCGGCCUUCUUAUUGCUGCGCACGAUACGACAUCCACUUCGAUCCUAUGGGCGCUCAAGUUUUUGGCCGAUUACCAAGAGGUGCAGACCAAGCUUCGAGAAGCACUUCGAACAGCACACAUGGACGCAGUAGCAGAGAAGAGGUAUCCAACUUUCCAGGAAAUCGUAAAUACCACUUCGCACUACAGGGACGCCGUUGUCGAAGAGAUAUUCCGCGUCUCUCUCACCGAGGCUGCCGUCUGUCGCACGUCCUUGGUCGACACAGAAAUCCUAGGUCAUUUCAUUCCAAAGGAUACCGAGGUCUUCUUCAUGUGUAACGGCCCCAGUAUUUUCUCGUCGCCAUUCGUCAUUGACGAGUCGACACGCAGCCCAACAUACAUUAAAGGCAAUACCUGCAACUGGGACCCGGCUCAUAUGGCUGCCUUUGACCCCGAUAGAUGGCUCGUGGAUCGAGACGGGCAGAAGGUGUUUGACCCCUCAGCAGGGCCACUACUCAUCUUCAGCCUUGGAGAGCGUGGCUGUUAUGGUCGCAAAAUGGCAUAUUUGGAAAUGAGGCUUUUUCUCACUCUGCUGGUCUGGGCUUUCGAAUUUCAAGAGUGUCCGAAGAGUUUGAGCGGCUAUGGAGCUAUUGACAAGCUUGUUCAUGCACCACAGCAGUGCUAUAUUAUGCCUGUGAAGCUGACCCUAUAAUAUACGGCAGAGGAAGACUAUUUAGAGAAUCAAUUCAGG